UUAACAUCCGGGGCCUAUUUUUUCAACAUGGCAGCCGUCUGGAGGUGAAUUUGCGUUUUGUAGAAAUUGUACAAUUUUUAUGUAAUUACAGGCUUCCAAAAGUUGUUACACCCGGUAAAUGAUGGAAAGUUAAGAUAAAUUGAAAGAUGAAGAUUGAUAGAAAUAAAUUGAAGAAAUCUUCGACUGAUGUGCCUGUGGACUGUGCAGCAGUGAUAGAGAGAAUCAAGGCAACCAGUCCGGACAAUCUGCUGCAAGAGUUACUUGACCUCAAGUCUACAACUUUCCUUAAGUGUGAGCUCUACCACUGGAGUGAUGUGCUCGACAUAUUUGAUGAUGUUCUGGCCAAGGCAUGUAAGAGAGAGACGGAGACCUCAUGGGUGCUCGAGUGUGAUCGGCCUGAGAAUGCACAGUUGAAGAGGCUGCUACUGCAAGUGCUGGUGUUCACGUCGACACUGAUUGAGCACAGCUUCUCCCGCCACUUAUACAACUCCAUGGAGCACCUGACCACCCUGCUGACGUCCUGCGAUAUGACGGUUGUCCUAGAAGUGCUCAAUCUACUCUAUGUAUUCAGUAAGAGGUCCAACUUUAUCACGCGACUGAGCACAGAGAAGAAGCAGGGCCUGAUAGUUCACCUGACUCAUCUGGCUGAGAGCUGGGGGGGCAAGGACAACGGCUUUGGACUGGCUGAGUGCUGUCAGAAUGUACAAAUCACGGAAUUCCCGGCCAGUGCUACCACAUUGCAUUUUGAAUUUUAUCAUGAAAACACAGACGAGAAAAGCACUCCAAGGAAGGGGACUUCAAAUAUAGUGACAUCAAUUCAUGUUGAAAAUGUUGAUAAACUGAGUGAACUUCCGUCCCAGAUUAUGGAAAACAUUAUUGCAGCAAAUGACCUUCAGAAAAUGCCUCCCAAGAAACAGACUUUAUUGUUUACCCACAUUCGGCUGGCCAAUCUGUUCUCCAAGUACGAGACCAGACUGCAGUGUGUGCAGGCCAGACUUCACUCUAUAGCCAUACUGGUGUACUCCAAUGCCAUACAGGAGAACAUGAAUGCCUUACUGUAUCCAGGCUUCAUAGAGGAACUCGUGGACAUCAUCGAACUCAAGAAAGACAAUAUUAUGGAAAUAAAAAGUGCUGGUUUGAGAACAUUGACUUCAAUCAUACAUCUAGAGAGAAAUCCCAAACUAAGUAACAUUGUGGAUGCUACUGGUGCAGCCUCCUACCACGGCUUCCUGCCUGCCCUAGUCAGAAACUGCAUACAACACAUGACCGAAGGGGACAUGAAGGCCUUUCCCCAGUCCUAUGCAACAGCUCUGUUCUCUUUCCUCUACCACCUGGCCAGCUAUGAGAAUGGAGUGGAGGCUCUGGUGUCCUGUGGAAUGAUGGAGUCCUUACUGAAAGUCAUCAACUGGUUCGGCGUCGGACACGAUCACAUCACCUUUGCGACUCGUGCUGUGAGAGUAGUGGACCUGAUCACCAACCUGGACAUGGCGACCUUCCAGACACAAGGCGGUCUACAGUCAUUCAUAAACAGGCUUGAGCAUGAGGUGUCUAUAUGCAGACAGGAGCAGCCGUUUGAGAUCCGCCUGCCCCGUAGCCCCGCCCUCCUGGACUCCCAGCCCGAGUCUCCGCCCCUGGCCAUGGAGACUGAGUGUUCCCAUGACGACAGCCUGUGCGAGGGCGGGGCCGGGGUCAGUGUGGACCAGCCCUCCACCUCCACGGGUAUCACACACAGUGAGAGCAAUCUUGCACCGCUGGACUACUCGGCAGCCAAGACAGGUCGGCAGUGUUUCCCCCAGAGAGCUGCCCUUCUCAAGUCCAUGUUGAACUUCAUGAAGAAAGCCAUACCCGAGCCUUCCUUCUCUGACAGCAUGCGGCACUUGAUGGAUGGUUCUCUGCCCAAGUCACUGAAGCACAUCAUCAGCAAUGCCGAGUACUAUGGACCCUCACUCUUCUUGCUGGCGACUGAUGUGGUGACAGUGUACGUGUUCCAGGAGCCUUCGUUGCUCUCCUCCCUGCAGGAUAACGGCCUCACUGACGUCGUACUGCAUGCCUUGCUCAUCAAAGAUGUGCCUGCCACUAGAGAGGUACUGGCCUCCCUGCCGAAUGUGUUCAGUGCGCUUUGUUUGAACGCGCGCGGGUUGGAGGCGUUUGUCAAGUGCAAGCCCUUUGAGCGCCUCUUCAAGGUGCUGCUGUCCCCCGACUACCUCCCUGCAAUGAGGAGACGCAGGAGUGCUGAACCUUUUGGAGACACUGCAAGUAACCUUGGUAACGCCAUGGAUGACCUGAUGAGACACCAGCCCUCCCUUCGUAAGGAUGCCACUGCAGGAAUCAUUGAGUUAUUACGAGAGGUGAACCGUAUGGGUCAUGAUGAGCAGUAUGUGUGUCAGAAGCCAGCUGCCAAGGCAGACCAGCUGCUGAACGCCCGCUCGCCCCAGACCCAGGAUGGGGGGUCCUCAGAUGACGAUGAGGAGGAGGAGGACAUGGCUGCUGCAGGGGUCGCCCAAGGGGCUGGAGGCUUAGAGUCACCUCCCUUGACUGGAGAGGGGCAAGGCUCGCAUGAGGCUAAACCUGCGGAGUCUGCAUCAGAGUCCUUUAUACAAACAAGUGUUGCCACCUCUGUGCCAGCAGAUAAACGUGCAAUACCCUUGAUGGAUUAUGUUCUCAAUGUGAUGAAGUUUGUGGAGGCUAUUCUCAGUAACAACUCUACAGAUGACCACUGCCGUGAGUUUGUGGUACAGAAUGGUCUGCCAGAAUUGAUGGACAUCCUGGGUCUUCCCAACCUACCCAUCGAGUUCCCCGCCUCCCCUGCAUGUCAGGCUGUAGCCAGCGUCUGUAAGGCAAUACUGACCCUGUUGCGCGACCCUAAAGUGCUGGAGGUUGGCUUGACCAGCCUGAACAAGGUGCUAGACGGCCUUGAGCCCCUUCACAGAUCCCUCGAGGCCCCUGGGGGGUCGGUGCUACUAAGGGAGCUAGCCAGCGUUACCCACAUCCCGGACGCCACCAUGUCACCAUCGGCAACCCCCCUCCUGCACUCCCUGUCGUCCGCACAUGCCUACAUCACCAUGUUUGUCCAUGUCUGCAAAAUGGGACAGACGGACAUGAGGAACAUCUCAGUGAAUCACUGGGGCUCCGAGCUGGGACAGAAGGUUCUGUCCGGUCUCAGCAAGCUCUACACCUCCCUGGUCUGGGAGAGCACCGUGCUUUUAGCGCUAUGCAGUGAGGACCGACUACCUGCUGACUCAGAGUUCGGGCGUGCAGACAUGAACAAACUACUGAACAAGGAUCUGAAAGCUGAGCUCGACAGUAAGGAAGAUGACCCUCUGUCUCGAGCUUCAGUGAGCCCGGGCAGCAAUGGGGUCAGUCAGGCCAUGGAGUCACUCUCGACAUCGGAUGCACCCAUCACUAUGGAUACAGAUGAAGUCACGCACGGAGACAAGGAAGGGAAGAAGUCCAAGCUGUCGCCAGCCCUUCAGGCCCAGGUGAGGCAGCUGAAGCCCCUGAUGACAGUCUCCUCUCGACUGGGCCGGGCCCUCGCAGAGCUGUUUGGGCUCCUGGUGAAGCUGUCAGUGGGCGGGCGUCUCAGACAGCGAGGCAACCAGCUGCCACCCACCAUCCCCAUCGUACCGAGUCCCGCGGCUCAGAGUCUCGCCAAAUGGCUGUGUAAGCUGCUCACGGAUGGCAUCAAGUGGGAACCACCCACAUACUCGCCCCACCCCAGACUCAGAUUGACGUUCCUGGUGUGUUCUCUGGGCUUCACGUCUGUGAUGCUGUUUGAUGACAAGAAGCAGCCAUACCAUCUCAUGCUGCAGAGCUUCAUAGAGUGUGGGGGACAGGAGGCUCUGUUCCAUGACUUCCGGUGGGCCCUUUCCAUCAAUGGCUCCCAGCUCACAGAAGAGGGCACAGAGGAUGCCGCCCUGCCUUGCACAGGCAGUUUCCUGGAUGCGUGGCUGAUGCUUCUGGAGAAGAUGGUGAACCCUAAGACGGUGCUGGAGUCCUCCCACCAGCUACCCUCCAAACCCACUGGGACCUUCCUGAAACCCUUCGACCCUGUCCAGUACCUCAUACGUAUACAGAAGGCGGCCUUUCACGCUGUGAUGAGCCUCUGGGACAAGAAGCCUCUUAAAGUGUUUGGAGGUCGCAUGUCUGAGUCUAUGCUGGCCAUACUGUGCCACGUCUUCAAGGCAGAGUCCAUUAUACAGGAGGAGCUAUCCAAGGUUCAGACUGGCCCUGACCCUGCGGUGGCGGGCCCCUCGUCCCUGUCUAGUGCUGCCUCUUCUGUAGCCAUGACUGGGGCCGCAGCUAGCGCCUCCCAGUCAGUCGCCUCCCUCUCAGGGGCCGCCAGCCUCAUUGUGAGGCCCCCAGUCAAUGAGGUGGAUGUGACAGCGCUGAUGGAGAUGGGUUUUUCGCGUGCCCGCUGUAUUGAGGCACUGGGCCAUGCACACACCCUGGAGGAGGCCACAGAGUUCCUGCUCACCAACAGCAGCGCAGGCUUUUCACCCACACCUGUAGAGCCGUUCUCUGUGGGAGGUCUGGCGGGUGUAGACCCUGAUGAGAAUGCACAGAUGUUGCAGGCUAUUGCCCUCUCUUUAACACCUGAUACACAGGUAGAGGAAGGAGGCAGGGAUGAGGAAGGAGGCAGGGAUGUAGAGGAGAAACAAGACUCAGAGGUAGAGGAAAAACACGACUCCCGAGAGCCUCUUAGUACGGCUGUAUUAGACGACUUCACAAAGAACCUGCUGCCUGGCUGCUUAUUGCUGCUGGACACACUGCCGGAGACUGUGUACCGGGUGUGUGAGCUGCUUGUGGUUGUCAUACAGAGGAACGGCGCCGACUGGCAGAAAAUGCUCCUCAACACUCUUGUAGAAGAGGUGAAGUCCCUGGCCAGCAGCAUCCUGUCCCUGUCCAGCCCCACAGAGUUCACCCAGCCCACAGCGGAGGCACAGGCUAACAAAUUUGCAGUGCGCAUUCACCUCUUCAGUCUUCUCUUUGAGGAAGCGAUGAUGCCGUGUGCAGAGGCAGUGGAGAAACACCGGCUGACGGACCUGCUGGUACAGAUGAUGAUGGCAGGCAAGGAGUACCUGCUGGCCAUGAAACACGCCACCACACCCAAGUGGCUGGCUCCCCUCCUGCUACUACUGGACCUGUAUGAGAAGGUCUCUGUCAUCUCACAGAGGAAAGCCAAGGCCGAGAAGACUCUGUCUGACUGUCACACAUGGAAGUGGUUUGAUGAUUCCAACGGGCGCUGGUGUCGCUACAACAUUGGCAACAACAAGACGAUAGAUGACGCCUACCAGGCAGGGGAGAGCAGUGUCAGAUUCACUGCUGGCCGCCGCAGAUACACUGUCCUCUUCAAUUCUAUGAUUCAGGUAAACAUGGACACUGGUAAUAGGCGGCCCAUCAUGCUGACCCGUCUCUCAGAGGCAGAGAUGAAGCAGUCCAACGACAAGAAGGAAGACAACAACGUGGGGCACCAGGCUGCCAGCCACUCCAGAAUGGACACAGAUGUGGAGCCUGGAACCACAGGCACGGAGAGGACCGAGGUGGUUGUGUGUGGCAUCCAGUCUGCACAGAUCUCCAGUAUUAUCAGUUCCAUCGUGGCCAUGAUUGAGGUACCUGUGGAGGCAGAGACCCUACACGCGGCCCUUCGACUGAUCCUACGACUAACCCGUGAACACAAGUACGCGAUGCAGUUUGCCGAGCUGGGGGGCCCCCGCCUACUACUUGGUCUCACCCAGACCUCCGCCUUCCAGGGCUUCCUGUCUCUAGUCACGCUGAUCUUCAGGCACAUCCUGGAGGAGCCCGCAGCACUCAGGUUCUGUAUGGAAAAGGUGAUUAAGAACUCCUGCUCAGGUGCAGGGUCCAACCUCACUGGGGUCUCUCAAAGGAGUUUUGGGGCUAAGGAGAUGCACUACGUUCUGCGUGUACUGAGCCCUGCGGCCUGUAGGGACCCACGACUGUUCACUGAUCUGGCCAAGGAGUGUCUAAGAGUAGCCCUGCCUUGUCCUACCAAACGAGAGGAAGAUGAGAGUCGUUUCACUGGCCCCAAUGCGACCCUGAUUCUGAAGUGUAUCUCAACCAAGCAUCUGGCCAGCACCACUGUCUCCUCACCCAUGAAAGACGUCAUUGAGAACUUGCUAGACGCUCUCAUAGUCAAGUACCCUUGGAAUGAAAACGAAGGUGCUGGUACUGCUGGUGAUGGUCGCUCGUCCCAGUCUCUGUCAGAGGUGCUGGAACAUGUGGUCACCGUGCUCAACGACCGCCAGUCAGAGAUCACGAGACAAAACUCUACAGCAGAGAUGUUACACACUGAGGAUGAUCAGGCCUCAGCGGAGGGGGUCAGUGAUGGAGCAGGCAAGACUGGUGAGGGGAAGGCUGGGGAGGACAAGGACAAGAAGCCCCUACUCACAAAGUCCAACAUUCUGCGCAUCCUGUCUGAGGUUAUCCGCUCCUACUGCAACUGCACCCAGCUAGUCACACAGCACAUGUACCAUGCAGGACAGUCUGAGCUUGUACCGGAGGACUGUACAGUUCUUGCGUUUGUACUUGACCAUCUUCUCCACACCAAUGGUAACGCGGGCGACCGAGAUUGUCCAGCUCUCUCUCGGGUGUUCAUAGCAAGCAUAGCGUCGUCCAAUCACUGCCCAGAUGCCCAGCUGUCUCUUGUCUCUGAGGUGAAGUCUGCUCUGCAGCGGGCCCUGGCGCUACCAGAAAGCACGGAGAAACACACCCGCAUACAGGCUCUCACAGGCAUUAUUAACACCAUGAUAGAGUCCUGCCCUACACCAGGACAGAUACCCAACCAGGUUUUUAAGGGCCAGCAGAACCUAAUUAAUAACAUGGUGAAGAACCUGUUGAAGCGUGGCCUGGUGACUGACCUGGCCCGAAUCCCUCACAGCCUUGACCUUUCGAGCCCCCACAUGGCGGCGACUGUGAACGCGGCACUCAAACCCCUCGAGACCCUCUCACGUAGCGUGAACCAGCACUGCCAGAAUGUGACGGCCAAACAGAAGAAGGCCUCCACUGAGAAUGCUGUCACCUCCGAUAACAAUGCAACCACCUCACAUGCACAAGAAGAGUCUCCUGAGGAGGAGCCUCAGAUGGGGGCGGGCGGGGAGGUGUCCAUAGAGGAGGUGCUGCUGCCUUCGCAGGCUGAGGGGCUGGAGGAGACCCAUCAGGACAGCGUGCGUGAGCCCGAGGGUGACAGUACCGGCCUACAGGAGGUUAUAGAUAACCUGCUGGGUAGGGCGGAGGAAGCAGACCCAGAGUCACAGAUCAUGGGAGAGAUCAUCAUGGAAACAGACCAGCCAGGUGAGGAGGUGCUGGUAGAUGUGGACAUAGAGGAGGGAGAGCUGGAUGAACACCACGACUCACAGAUGAUCUCACAGCUCAUCUCAGAGGCAGACGAGGACGAGAUAGAACACUCACAGAAUCUGACCACCCACAUUGUGGAUGUGGAGGACACGGCUGACAGUGCCUCUGAUACUGAUGAUGAAGACAACGACAGUGAUGACGAUGGAGAUGAUGAUGACGAUGAUGAGGAAGAUGAUGAGGAGGAUGAGGAGGAUGAAGAUGAGAGGGAUGACAUUGAGAACGAGGAUGAAGACAGUGAGGGAUCGGACAUGGAGGCAGACAACUUUGACUUUCAACCAGAGAGCCUCCCGCCAUUUGGAGGCCGUAUGCCAUUCAGUCGCGGUUUCACCGAUCAGGGGUUCUCCUUACACCCUGAAGAAAUACUGGCUGAUGGUGGUAUGCGUCCUGUGCUGCUGGCCAAUGCCCUGGAUGAUGGUGGCAACAUUCGCACCUACCAGGUCCCCAUCUCCAUCCAUGAUAAUGAUAACAAUGGCAAUGAUACCGCAGCUCCCACAGUGCCCCCAGCACCAAGUAAUGUGACCAUGAUCCACCCUCUACUGGCGCGCCAGUCCGAGACCCAGUCCAGCUCCGUGUACCGACUGCAGAGCCGGGGCCGGGGUCGUGCAGGCUUGUGGAGACACACACCCGGGACUCAGACGAUAAACAUGAACUUCCCUCGCCCACCCAACCCACCUGUGAUACUGCAGAGGUUGCUGGGCCCCAGCACAGCUGCAGACAUCCUUCAGUUGACCAACACCCUGAGUACCCAGGCAGGCCCCGCCCACACCCGGGUUGUCCUCUCCAACAACGGGAUCAGCUCCCGGCCAGAGUACGAGGAGAUACUUGAGGAUCUCUUUCAGGAAUCGUACUCUGAUGGUAGCAGUGCGUCCAGUUUUGGUACCCUGUCCAGUAUCCCGAGCACGCUGAACCGCUGGACUGAGGAGGCCAAGGUGCUCGACGGGGACAGCAUCCUAGACUGCAUGGCAGCCAUCAAGCCAGGCAUAGUUGACAUGCUGGAGAAGAAGCGGGACGAGGAGCUGGCUGAACGCCGAGACAAACGACAAAAAGCUGCCGAGGAAGAGGCUGCCAAGAAAGCUGCAGAGAAUGAGAAGAAAACAGAGUCUGGGGAACAGAAGAUGGAGGUGUCCCAGUGUGGUCCCAGCCCCGCUACCACCCUGUUCUCUGACAUCAGCAACAUCCCUCUGCCGGGUGAAACAGCCGCCACUACCACCUCUGCUGCUACCGGUGCCACCAUUGACAACAGCAGCAUGCCUUCUUCAGUGGUUGCCUCCUCGGCAGCUGAUCUGAUCAGUGAGUUAGUGGCCAUGGACAUGCCUGCGUCCAGUAUGGGGGGCUUCCAUGCAAUGCCUCCCCUCUCCACAACCUCGGCCCCUCGGUCCAUGCAGCAGACCCCUGUUGGCACGUCGUUAGGGGCCCGACCCCGUAUCCCCGGGCAGUUCCCUAGCCUGGCCCCAGGAGACCUUGUCACCAUGUACCCCGGAGGGCCAGCCCUGCCUCAGAGCCUUCUGACUGACACGACCCCUACAGGGCUGCAGUUUACCCCCAUGCCACCUGCUGCCAGUCACAUAUUUGCCCCGCCCACAAUGUCAGCGCCCAGCCCCAGUUUCCCGGACGCUGUGCCCUCCUCCACCCCCUCCAGCUUGGCCCAGCCCUCGGCCACAUCCACUCCUUCAGGCCAGGUACCGUCCAUGUUCAGGGGCAGUGCUUCCAGUGCCAUGGGGCCACCUCCCCCCAACCUCAGGGGUUUCUGGACCAGCCAGGGAUAUGUUCCUUUAGCAUCCAUGUACACUCCAGCCAAUCAGAAUAUUGCCACUACAACGCCAAAUGCUCCCAGAUUUGAUAGGCAGGGAAAUGCAAGUUACCUGCGAGGCAUGUUUGAGAGCUACCUGCACGGUGGUCUUGGACAGACCCCUAGUGCCACCCCAGCAACCAACAGAGGUCUCCCUGGCAUUCCUGCAGGCAACCUCUCAUCCCUGCUGCUCUCGGCCAAUGACACCAUAGCAACGGAGGCCCAUGUUGACUCCCUGGCAACUGGCCAGGACGGGAUGGAACAUAGGACCGAGGCAGAGUCCGGCGUGAUCACCCCAGAGGAGGGGUCCAAUAUCAUCAGCUCUGAUGCUGCCACUGUGCAUUCAUCUUCGUCGGGGAGCCCAGAGGAGCAAGUAGGGGACAUGACCAUUCUCACCCUUUUACCUGAUAGUGUAACCUCAGUGUCCACAUCAACCAGUACUGAGCCCAGUGGCCCUCAGUCCACCCCAGCAAGCCAGGCAGCGGCAGGUUCAAGUACCGGGGAGGCUGCAGCACAAUCCGGGAGCUCUGAGGGAGGGGUACCAGACGGCCUUGACCCCUCCUUCCUGGCCGCGCUACCAGAGAACAUCCGUGCCGAGGUGAUAGCCGACCACCUGCGCAUGCAGAGGAUACAGGCCCGAACCCGUGAACAGCAGCAGAACACAGCUCCAGGGGGCAUGGAGGUCAGCCCAGAGUUCCUGGCCGCACUGCCACCCAACAUACAGGAGGAGGUGUUAGCCCAGCAGCGUAUAGAGCAGGAGCGCCUGGCCGCCUCACGUAACCCUACAGUGGCCAACCCAGAGGCUCCUGUGGACCCGGCCAGCUUCUUUGCCACGCUGCCCUCUAGCCUGCGCCAGUCCGUGCUGGCAGACAUGGAUGACAGCAUGAUGGCCGUGCUACCUGCCGACCUCGCUGCGGAGGCUCAGAGCCUGCGCAGGGAGCUGGAGAACCGACACCGGCGCAUCAUGGAGGAGAGACUCAUCACUCAGCAGGGGUCCGGGGGCUACCUCUCCUCUAUACUCAGACAUGCCGGUACCAUCCGCUGCACAUUGGGACGUAAUCCGCGGACCGGUCAGGAGUUCUCAUUCGGGAACAGGGACCGUGACGCCGUCCUACCAAUGGCCUCCCUCAAGCUGCGUGGGCGCCAUCUGCUGGACCACGAGGCUCUGACCUGUCUGCUGGUUCUGCUGUUUGUAGACGAGCCUAAGCUGAACACAGGAAGACUUCACCGGGUAUUGCGCAAUCUGUGUUACCACGGGCCUACUCGCGCUUGGGUCCUUCAGGCCCUGCUGGCCAUACUGGGGCGCACUGCAGAGACCCGGGUGGAGAUAGAGGAGAGGGGGAAGGGGCCAGGCCCCGGGGAGAAAGGCAAGGGAAAGAGAUCCGUCUCACAGACCCCCAUGCACACUGAUACGCCAACUGGGUCCAGGGUUGAAGCACGCAAUCACGGUUCCUGGCUGUCCAUCAGUCUAGAGGCUGCCCUGGGAUGUAGGGCAAAUGUCUUUCAAAUACAGAAGGCACCUGGUAAGAAGCAUUCGUCCAAUUCUAACGCAGUUGUGACAAUCCACCCACAGGCAGCUCCUAUAGUGUGUAGGCAUGUGCUGGACGCAUUGAUAUCAUUGGCAAGAAUGUUCCCGAAUCAGUUCUUGCCUUCUAAAGUGAAAGAAGUCCAAAAAUGUGAUAAUAGUAACAAGGACAACAACAAAGACAACAAAGAAUCUGAAGUGAAAUCAAAGAUAUCGUCUACAAGUUCCACUGGUGCAACACCCAAAGUUAAAGUAUUAGAGAAAACUGACUCUAAAACAGAUAAUGUUCGUGAAACUGAUUUCUGGGAAUUACUUGUGAAAUUAGAUUCUCUAUGCAGUAGUAAGAAAGGUAAGGGCAUUCAGCGAGCCCACAGUGGAGUGAACAGUGACCAUGAGGCUGCCUUCAGGGACUACGACAACUCUCCUAUUGGUCAGCUGAUGGCCAUGCUGUCCCAUCCCGUGAUCAAGCGUAGUCAGCUUCUCACUGACCGCCUGUUACGUCUCUUGGGUCUAGUCUCCCGUGUGCUGGCUGACUCUGGGCACACUGUGGUCGGUACCACGGGCCUGUCCCGGGCCCAGGAAGUCACACCAGCCAUCGUCAGGCGUGUUGAGAACACAGUAACAGAUGUGCAGCCCCCUGUUCAGCCGGCACCACAGGCAACAAGUACCCCUGAGGAGGUGCCAACACCACCUUUAGAGACCCCUGGGCCUGAUAAGGAAGUGGAACAACAGCCGGGCAAGGUCAUGGAACCUGAGAGUAAAGUAUCAGAGGGUGAGCCCGAAUGUGCCAUCUUGGAGCGUCAGUUAGAGAUGGCUGUGCAGGUGCUCACGUCCAAGGCGUGCAGUGAGGAGGGACUGGAGGACGCCACCAACCUGCUGCUGCAGCUCUCACAGGCUAACACAGCCACCAGGGGCGCUGUGCUCAACAUGCUGCUGGAGGGAGCUAGAACAUUGGGCAUAACAGUCUGUGACAACAUCAGACUUCUGUACGAGGAGUUGCGUAGCAUCAGGGAGAAGCUGGGCCCAGAUGGGGAAAUGGUAGAAGAGGUGCGGGAACCAGACACAGUAGCAACAGCAACCGCCGCGGCUAAGGGAAUUCUCCAUGACAAGUUCACGGGCCACACGGUGGUGGUGAUGGCUCCCAAGAAGUUGAAGACUGGACGCGAGCUGCAGCUGGCCUCGAUGGCGCGGCUGACCAGCAAGACCUCAAGCCAGCACUUCCUGCUGCGCAUCAUGAAGGUCAUCAUACAGCUGAGAGAGGCUGCCAGGUCUGCUAACAAGAAGAAAAAGACCAGCCUGCUGUCUUCUAGAGCAGCUGCCAGUCGUGAUAUCCGAGACCUUGGUGAGGCUAUGGCUCUCCUUGAGGCUGAGGCAGACGCCAUCAUGCAGUUUGUAACGCGCCCCAGACCUGGUGCCUCCCGCGCUGUACCCAGACCGGGCUUCGACAUCUUCGAGGAUGACAAUGAGCCAGACAGUCCCCAUGUGCCGCCCCUGUACGCCUCCGCGGGGAUCAGGUCUACCGCUAGGGAUAGGGAGGAGACGAAUGGGGAGUCGCCCAUGGAGACUGACAAACCUGGUACGUCCGGCGAGUCUACAGGUGCAGGGCGCCCCCAGGAGGUGAAGCUGCCGCGGCUAAGUGAGCAGCUAGGCCUUGAGGAGCUGUGGCUGAUGCUGGGAGAGUGCCUGUCAGAGCUGGACAAGACCCCCGACCACCACGCCGUACUCAUACUGCAGCCAGCUGUAGAGGCUUUCUUUCUCGUUCAUGCAGGUGAGAAGGAGGUGAAGGUGAAGGAGUCUGGGCCCAGCAAGCGUGAGGACCAGCUGGACCAUCUCAACAUGGAGAUGCCGCCCUCCCCCCAGCCCUCCUCCUCCACCACUGACAGGCCCCAGGGAUACAGUAGGGAGAACUCCAUGCAGGCCAGCAUGUCCACCGUCAACCUUCCUCCAGACACACAGAAGUUCCUCAAGUUUGCUGAGACCCAUCGGACAGUGUUGAACCAGAUCCUUCGCCAGUCCACCACCCCACUGGCAGAUGGCCCCUUUUCUGUGCUGGUAGACCACACACGGAUCCUAGACUUUGACGUGAAGCGUCGCUACUUCAGACAGGAGCUGGAGCGUAUGGACAAGGGUAUGAGGCGAGAGGAUCUCGCAGUCCACGUGAGGAGAGAACACGUGUUUGAGGACUCGUUCCGGGAGCUGUUCAGGCGCACGGCUGAGGAGUGGAAACACAGGUUCUACAUCGUGUUUGAGGGUGAGGACGGGCAGGACGCAGGCGGGCUGCUGAGGGAGUGGUACAUCAUCAUAGCCCGCGAGAUCUUCAACCCGAUGUACGCUCUGUUCAUCACCUCGCCAGGCGACCGUGUCAUCUAUACCAUCAACACCCUCUCUCACUGCAACAGCAACCACCUGAGCUAUUUCAAGUUCGUGGGCCGGGUUAUUGCCAAGGCCAUCUACGAUAACAAGCUCAUGGAGUGUUAUUUCACGCGGUCCUUCUACAAGCAUAUCUUGGGCCAGUCUGUCAAGCACACUGACAUGGAGAGUGAGGACAACUCGUUCUACCAGAGCCUGGUCUUCCUGCUGGAGAACAACGUCAAAGACCUCGGAUAUGAGCUCACCUUUAGCACAGAGAUUCAAGAGUUUGGUGUGAACCAGAUUCGAGACCUAAUUCCCAACGGCCGUAACAUCAAUGUCACUGAGGAGACAAAAUACGAGUACGUGAAGCACGUCUGUCAGAUGAAGAUGACAGGGGCGAUACGACAGCAGCUGAACGCUUUCAUGGAGGGCUUCUACGACAUUAUCCCCAAGAAACUGAUCUCCAUCUUCAAUGAGCAGGAGCUGGAGUUGCUAAUUUCUGGCCUGCCGACCAUAGAUAUAGAGGAUCUUAAGGGCAAUACAGAGUAUCACAAGUACCAGCAGAACUCUCUACAGAUCCAGUGGUUCUGGCGAGCGUUGCGCUCAUUUGACCAGGCUGACCGAGCGCGGUUUCUGCAGUUUGUGACUGGCACAUCCAAGGUGCCACUGCAGGGGUUCGCACACCUUGAGGGCAUGAACGGCACGCAGAAGUUCCAGAUUCACCGUGACGACCGGUCCACGGACCGCCUGCCUGCUGCACAUACUUGUUUCAACCAGUUGGAUCUACCAGCGUACGAGACGUAUGACAAGCUGCGUCACAUGCUGCUGCUGGCCAUCAACGAGUGUUCAGAGGGCUUUGGACUUGCCUAAUUAACCACACAGCCAGCUCAGAAGCAAAGUGAAAAUGGCAUGUGCAAACAGCAACAAACCUGGUCAUCAAUACCCGAGGGUUUGAACUGAAGCAUUUAAAACUGGAAUCUAGUAAGAGAAGGAUUUAUUUUAAAUGAUUUACUUAGGGACGUCAAAAUAGGUGUCCGUGUGGUAAAGGGUGAACAACAGAGCCAUCCAGCCAGCCAAGGUCAUACAGAACAUGGUGGCUGGGAACGCUGACAUUAGUUAUCACAAUAUGGAAGUUCAAAUCUUGUGCAAUGAAUGGGUUCAACAUGUGCUAAAUAUUUAUUGCAGAAUAUUAUAUAUGUAUGCAAGAGCAAAAUCACUCUGCAUCACUAAAUGCAUGGUAAUUAAACAAUUAUCCUGAGUUGUGUGAAUAAGAAGCAGUUUAUCAUAUUGUUAUAUAUUGUUUAGUUGUAUAUCUUGUGCUAUGCUUUAUUCUAGUACUAUAACGGAUAAUCUCUGUUAUGGUUAUAAAGUGCUGAACAACGUUUGUUUGAAAUGGUUGAGCUUGACUUUCACUGAGUUAUGGACCUUGCGUACCAAGGUCUACAUCCUCUGUGGUGACUCAGUAGCUGUUGCUCAAGCACUUGAAAUAUCCUGUUUUUGUUGUUUGUUAUAUUUUGUUUAGUUUGUUUGCAAUUUCAUACAAUUAAAAGUGCUUUCACAUGCAACAUGGUGAAUUAUAUGAUUUACAUAAAGAUGUAUGUUUGUUUAAUCCAUUGACAUGUUGCAAAAUUGUUCAACUGUGUUUAUUAUUGUUUGUACUAUUACUCACAAGUUUCUGUACGUUUGAACAACUUGUAAAUAGCCUGCGCAAGUUACUUAUUGUUAAGUAGGUUAUUAUAGUUUUCUAUUAUAAGUAGAGCAUUACUUUAAUUGCCGCAAUAUCUUCAAAUGUAGACUGUUUGAUGUCCUGAAUCAAAGAAACUACCAGUCUAUACAUGCAUGCAGAGGUCAUGUUUCCUCCUAUUCUGUUCCUGAAUAAUAUAUUAUGAGUACCUUUAAUGUCACGCAAAAAGUAAAUAGUUAUGUAUAAUGCAAUUACAAUGUUAACCUUGGUUUAAGAACUGUUUUCCAUUAAUUGAGUAAAUGAUUUGUAAGCAUUGUAAAACAUUGUUUUUUUAUUUGGAUAAUGUUCUAACCAAGUAUGAGUCUUGUAAAGCUACCCUCACGACUAAAGGCACGCAAGAUGUUGCGGUGUCAUAAGGGGGUAAGACACCUCCUGAUCAGACUGCUCUAUGUGAUUGGCUGGUCCGGAGCUAGAUUGGCCGCAUAUGGCAAACACUGAAGACCCAUUUACGCUUGGCUCCUUUACAGUUUGCAACAUUAAACUUGUCUCUCUGCCAUUUGCCUAAAGAUUCCAAGAUUAUCAGGUAUGACACUAUCUGCUGAGACUGGAUUUUCGUUAAGAAGAGAUUUCCUUAAAACAAAAAUAUUCCCUAAAAGCGGAAAGUUAUGCCUUUAAUUAGCCUGAGCAGACUGCACACGCUAAUCUGGGACAGCACUUUCUUCUUGUCCAGUUGGCCUUGUUUUUCCAGAGCAUAGCUCAAUUUUGGAUCAGGUUCAGUAGGUAUUCACUUAGCCCUUGUGGUUAGUGAUAGGACAAACGUCACUAGUGUAUCGUUGUGUAUUAAUUGUUGGAGUGGCACAUGUUUUUGUCACACAAGUAAUAUAUGGGUAUAGGCGUCACUAGUUGUUCACUUCUACUCUUAUUUGCAAUAUGAUUAAGUGCGAUGCAGUUAAGUGCUAGAUAUAUUUCAAAUGUGAAUUCAAAUUAUCACUUGAUGGUUGUUGUGAUUAUCUCCGACUUGCGUAGUUAUGUUAGGUAUUGAUAUCAACUAUGCCAGUGUAUAUUGGACAUGCUAGAAAUAUCUCUGUAAGUAAAAUGUUUGGUAUAUUUGUACAUAUUGUGCUGCUUCAAGUUGAUUUCAUGUCUUGUGUAAAUAAAUCAUGUUUUGAAA